AUGAUUAUCCCAAUGCCAGCUGUUGGUGCUAUGGGCGGGCCUCCAUCAGCCUAUGCCCUUUCCAGGCGCCCCUGGGUGAAUUUCGUGCUGUUUCUGCAGAGCGUUUUCUGCAUAGCUCGGAUAGUACUUUUUUUGGACAUAAUGGGGGCCUUCUUGAUGGCAAUCAUGAUAGCUGUUGGCUACUUUGGAAUCAGAGAGGAGAUUAACAUCCAGCUGCUGUGCUACUGGGGCAUGAUGUGCCUCAUUAACGGUGCCUUUGACUUGGUAAAGCUCAUAGACGUCUUGGUCAAGAGCCACAUGCCACUCUUCUCGUCGCGGGCGACUCCAGAGUACAACAUCGCAAAUGGCGUAGCUCUGGGAAUCCCCGUCGCCACCCUUCUUGGUGUGCCCUUAGCCUGGUGGCUCUACCAGGACUACGCGGGAGGUGGUGAGCCAUCUCCCUUGCCUGGCCCUGGCCCUGGGUAUCGAGAUCGCGAAGGUGAAAGCCGCUACACUGAACGAUCAAGCCUUCUGGGAUCAGGUGCUGGCACUUUCACGGCUUUCGAAGGUGAGGGCCGCCGACUUGGGGCGACGUGA